UAAAAGCAACAAGUUGAAGAGAUAAUCUGUCAGUAGCUUUGUUUUGACACUUAUCUCUAUUAAUUUGUUCUUUAAUUAGCUUUAGAAGUAGUUAUCAAAAGAAUAAAUGCCAUAUACAUUAACUUUCAUCUGCUUUUACAUGAUUUUGUAAAAGAGACUAAAGAUAUUUAUAAUUUGAAUUCCCUUAUACUUUUACAUUAUUAUUGUAAGCGUAUGUGGCUUAAAAUCAGAAUAUCUGACCAGAUGUAAAUUAUUAUAGGUUACUUAGUAGUACAGUUGUAUUAUUUUAAAAUAAUUUGGAAAAUAAGUGAAUUAAGAAAAAUGACUAUUCUCAUUAUUGAUUAAAUUUGUUAUCUUACUGAACUGUCUGUAAUACUGAACUGUCUGUAAUAAAUCAGCCAUAUUAGUCUUUAACACUUAGGUUAUUUAAAUUGAUGAAAACUGGUCAUUCUUUUAGUUUCUUUACAGUUCAUGUGGAUUUCAUUUAAUUUUAAACAAAAGCAAAAGGAAAAAGGAAAUGCAACUUGCCACUUUGCACACACAUUGUUCAUUUCCUAGUAGAAAAAUGCUCAUCUGGGGGGGCUUUAACUCUGUUAUUUAUAGAAACUAGUAUCUUUUAUGCUUCAGUUUCAGAAGGCAAAAACUGGGUUUUGUAUUUGAAGCGGUUGUACCUUACUCUUAACCAAUUAAAAGAGGAUCAAAAAAGUAGUGCCUGAGGACAAAUAAUUGUAGUGAAUAUUCAUGUGGUACAUUAAUUCAUGUGUUUCUGCCUGCGCCUGGAAUUUAGCCACUCCCAAAAGCAGCCCAAGUUUUUUGUCUGUAUCCUUACCCUCCUUUUGCCUGCGUGCUCUGUUUGCUCUUUCUCCUUCAGUUUCUUUGUCUCUCUUUAUAAAUAAGUAGAAAACUUUUCUUUAGAUCAGAGAGCAAAGGGGCCAGAGAAGAGCCCUUAAGAAGUUUUUAUUUGUGCCAACAUAGAAGUGCUUUGUGGUAGGCCAUCUGGACUGGGAGGAUUUCCUCAGAAUGUAAAGUAUGUCGUGAGAUUUAGAGAGCUGGGAUUUGCUCUGGAACUAUCUGGGAAGGCAGCAGGAAACGUGGACAGAACUGGUUUAUAUUGCUUUAACGUAAGUGGCAAGAAUGGAAGACAGCUUGCCUGGUCUCGCUUCAGUGUGUGCUGCCUCUGCACUUACGAACUUCUGCACUGAUGAUAGUAUUUCUGCUGCAAGUACUUCUGAUGUUCAAGAUCGCCUCUCAGCUCUUGAGUUAAGAGUUCAACAACAAGAAGAUGAAAUCACUGUGCUAAAGGCAGCUUUGGCUGAUGUUUUAAGGCGUCUUGCAAUCUCUGAAGAUCAUGUAGCCUCAGUGAAGAAAUCAGUCCCAAGUAAAGGCCAGCCAGGCCUUCGAGAAGCUAUUUCCAUGUCCUGUAUAACCAAUGGGAGUGGUUCAAACAGAAAACCAAGUCACACCAGCUCUGUCUCAAUCGCAAGAAAAGAAACUCUUUCAUCUGCUGCUAAAAGCAUAAAACGACCAGCAACAGCUGAAAAGUCACAUAAUUCAUGGGAAAAUUCAGAUGAUAGCCGUAACAAAUUAUUCAAGGCAGUUUCAACAUCAAAAUUAAUAUCCAAAGUUAUAAAAAAUACAGACAAGCAUAAAGAUGUCAUCAUCAACCAAGCAAAAAUGUCAACCCGUGAAAAAAACAGUCAAGAAGGAGAAUAUAUUAAAAUGUUUAUGCGAGGUCGGCCAAUCACAAUGUUCAUUCCUUCUGAUGUUGACAACUAUGACGACAUCAGAACAGAACUGCCUCCUGAGAAGCUCAAACUGGAGUGGGUAUAUGGUUAUCGUGGAAAGGACUGUCGGGCUAAUGUUUACCUUCUUCCUACUGGGGAAAUUGUUUAUUUCAUAGCAUCAGUAGUAGUACUAUUUAAUUAUGAGGAGAGAACUCAACGACACUACCUGGGUCAUACAGACUGUGUGAAAUGCCUUGCUAUACAUCCUGACAAAAUUAGGAUUGCAACUGGACAGAUAGCUGGAGUGGAUAAGGAUGGAAGGCCUUUGCAACCCCAUGUUAGAGUGUGGGAUUCAGUUAGUCUAUCUACACUGCAGAUUAUUGGACUUGGAACUUUUGAGCGUGGAGUUGGAUGCCUGGAUUUUUCAAAAGCAGAUUCAGGUGUUCAUUUAUGUGUUAUCGAUGACUCCAAUGAGCACAUGCUUACUGUAUGGGAUUGGCAGAAAAAAUCAAAAGGAGCAGAAAUAAAGACAACAAAUGAAGUCGUUUUGGCUGUGGAAUUCCAUCCAACAGAUGCAAAUACCAUAAUAACAUGUGGUAAAUCUCAUAUUUUUUUCUGGACCUGGAGUGGCAAUUCACUAACAAGAAAACAGGGAGUUUUUGGGAAAUAUGAAAAACCAAAAUUUGUGCAGUGUUUAGCAUUCUUGGGGAAUGGAGAUGUGCUUACUGGAGACUCAGGUGGAAUCAUACUUAUAUGGAACAAAACUACUGUAGAACCCACACCUGGGAAAGGGCCAAAAGGUGUUUAUCAGAUCAGCAAACAGAUUAAAGCUCAUGAUGGCAGUGUGUUCACAUUCUGUCACAUGAGAAAUGGGAUGUUAUUAACUGGAGGCGGGAAAGAUAGAAAAAUAAUUCUAUGGGAUCAUGAUCUGAAUCCUGAAAGAGAAAUAGAGGUUCCUGAUCAGUAUGGAACAAUCAGAGCUGUAGCGGAAGGAAAAGCAGAUCAAUUCUUAGUCGGCACAUCACGAAACUUUAUUUUACGGGGAACAUUCAACGAUGGCUUCCAAAUAGAAGUACAGGGUCACACAGAUGAGCUUUGGGGUCUUGCCACACAUCCCUUCAAAGAUUUGCUCUUGACUUGUGCUCAGGAUAGACAGGUGUGCAUGUGGAACUCGGCAGAACACAAGCUGGAAUGGACCAGGCUCGUAGAUGAACCAGGACACUGUGCAGAUUUUCAUCCAAGUGGCACAGUGGUGGCCAUAGGAACGCACUCAGGCAGGUGGUUUGUUCUGGAUGCAGAAACCAGAGAUCUAGUUUCUAUCCACACAGAUGGGAAUGAACAGCUCUCUGUGAUGCGCUACUCAGUAGAUGGCACCCUCCUGGCCGUAGGAUCUCACGACAACUUUAUUUACCUCUAUGUGGUCUCUGAAAAUGGAAGAAAAUAUAGCAGGCAUGGAAAGUGCACUGGACAUUCCAGCUAUAUCACACACCUUGACUGGUCCCCAGAAAACAAGUAUAUAAUGUCUAACUCGGGAGACUAUGAGAUACUGUACUGGGACAUUAAAGAGAACUGCAAACUAAUCAGGAAUCGAUCACACUGUAAGGACAUCGAUUGGACAACAUAUACCUGUGUGCUAGGCUUUCAAGUCUUCGGUGUCUGGCCAGAAGGAUCCGAUGGGACAGAUAUCAAUGCGCUCGUGCGCUCCCACAAUAGAAGAGUGAUCGCUGUGGCUGAUGACUUUUGCAAAGUCCAUCUGUUUCAGUAUCCCUGCUCCAAAGCGAAGGCUCCCAGUCACAAGUACAGUGCCCACAGCAGCCAUGUCACCAAUGUCAGUUUUACUCACAAUGACAGUCACCUGAUUUCAACUGGUGGAAAAGACAUGAGCAUCAUUCAGUGGAAACUUGUGGAAAAGUUACCUCUGCCUCAAAAUGAGAUUGUAGCGGAUACUACGCUAACCAAAGCCCCCAUCUCUUCCAUUGAGAGCAUCAUGCAGUCCGAUACUCCCACGCCACCUCCUUCCCAGCCCUCAAAUGAGACAGCUGAAGAAGAAAGUAGGGUAAGCAGUUCUCCCACACUUCUGGAGAACAGCCUGGAACAGACUGUGGAGCCCAGCGAAGGCCGCAGCGAGGAGCAGAGCGAGGGGGGCAGUGAAGAGCUGGGCGAGCCUGUCUGUGAAGAGCCAGCCAGUGAGAUAAGCGAGGAGCACGGCGAAGCCGCUCUUCCCGAGGACCAGCAAGACCCCUCACCCCUGUCCUAACACCAGGGCUUCAGUGCGGUUCACUUUCUUCCUUCAACUGCAUGUGGUCUGGUGACAGUUCAGGUAACAGGCCAGGAAGUGAUGGAGAGUCACUAUUGGUGGAGAUUCUGGUUUCCACGUAAUCUGUUUUCAAUAGUCUUAUCUUCCGUCUCUUAAAUGCAGUCGAUCUAAAGGUUCAGUUUGGUGUGUGUUAAAAAUUAACCAAACUUAAUAGGAAAAGACUGAAACAUUAAUUAUGUCUCAGAAAUUACUGUGUGAGUGCUGUGAUGUAAAUACUGGAAACAAAAACAUCAGUUGUAUAGAUAUAAACCCCUUGCUAUCAGAACAGGUUUUCUUCAGGAACAACCAGAGGCAUCACAGACACUGUUACUCAUCUGCUGGCUCAGACUAUGCUAUGUUUUUUUUUCCUAACGCUGAAAAAAGAAGUCAGGAAAAAAAAAGAAAAACCAAAAAAACCUUUUAGUUAAGAAAAACUUCAGUUUUGCCACGAGCAGUGGUGUUGCCUUCUUGAAUAACACCACCAUUUCCUUAGCCUGCCAGUAGAUGUCCAGAUGUGCUUGAUAGUGUACUACGUAGGUGCUGCCUUUUCUAAGUCAGAGUGAGGAAUAGUCCCUUUAUUUCCUGUGUGCAAAAUAUCUAUAUUUUAUCUUAGAGCUAAGAAAGCAGUGGUUUGUUAAAGAGCUUUUAAUGUAUAUGAAACUGUUGAUACUCAGAAAUAAUGGAUUCCUCCAAGGAUUCCUUUACCGGCCUAAACAUUUUCAAAUGUUUGGCAUUCAAGUGACUAGAAGAGAAAAAACCGCAUGCCUAUAAAGCUAAAUAAAUUUGGCUAAUUUUAGCUUAGCCUUCAUCCUAAUUUGUUCCCUCAGUAACAGAGAUAUUAAUACAGUAAAUUUAAGAUUGAAUUGGUGCUUGAAAUUCAUUGGUUUAGUUAUAAUUUUUAUACAGAUUGAGGGAUAAAAUACUCAGCAAAUUGCAAAUUUUUUAUAGGAGUGUUCAAAAUAGUAAUUUUUUUAUAAAUUGCAUACUUAACAGACUUGCUCUGUAUGGUGAUUUUUUUCUUUGAUGGAGUUUUGCUAUAAGCCCUGCAACUCUGAUGUGGCUGUCCUCUGCUGUUUUGGGCAGUGCAUGUAUUAUUAUGCAUUGGAUAGUUUUUUUAAGUUUUGUCAGAUGAUUAUGUUUUCCUUAAGUGUAUGUUUCCUAUUUUCAAAAUAAUUACUGACAAAUAUGCAUUUCCUAUAUAUUUGUUUAUACUUUGAUUAUAAAAAACUUUGUUUUAUUUUUUAACUUGCUGCAUUGUUUUGAUAUCUUUUUUUUUUUUUUUGGUUAGAUCAUGUUUAGAAACUUUGGAUGAGUUAAAAAGUCUUAAGUAUGCAAGUGUUUACGUGAUUGUGCCAUUCCAAAGUGCAUCAAAACUGUCAUUCCCUUCUAGAAUCUUCUCAGGAGUAAUACAAAUCAGGUAUUUCAUCACCAUUUGGUAAUAUACAAACUCCAGUGAACUCCCCAGGACACUCACAACAUUUGUAUUCACAUGCUGUGUGUAAGGGUGUGUGUAUGUGUGAGGGGUGAGUGUAUACACUUACUCUGUGUGUGUAUCUCUAUGGAAGACAGACGCCACAUUGAAAAUACUCCGUGUAUCUCUGUGUGUCUUUGUGUCCAUGUAUAUCUCUUUCCUUUUGUUUACAAACUGUUCAAAAAAAAAAAAAAAAAAAAAAAAAAAAAAACCUCAAAGUAGUUCUCUUCAAAAGAAGAGAUAGAUUCCAAGGAACCCAUCAUUUUUCAGUCUGUACAUAAUUAUCAGAGAGCAGCAGCAGUAUCAGGCACAUAUAUUUGCCUAUCAGCUGUGGUGAUUAAGUCAUCAGGUCAGCAUGUGCUCUUCCCUGUAAGGAAAAUACUAUGAGAUGAACAAGUAAUUCUAGAAGAAAAAGCAUUUCCUUAAGUACCUGGGGGAUACCGCUCUCCAUGAUAAGCAGGGAGUUUAUCUGGGGACAUGCGUCACCUUUGGGGUUGCUGUGUACAAUGAGAUUUAUAAUCGUGAUACUCUUGGCUGGUAGUUUCAAGACACUACUAAUACGCAGAAGGAGCUCCAGCUCUCAAUUGCUGGCAACUACUGUUUAACAGUCAAUGAAAUCUGUGAUAAUGGUUGGAAGUGGGUGGGAUUAUGAAAUUGUAGACGUUUUUAGAAAAACUUGUGAAUGAAAAUGAAUCCAAGUGUUUCAUGUGAAGAUGUUGAGCCAUUUCUAUCAUGCAUUCCUGUCUCAUGGCAGAAAAUUUUGAAGAUUAAAAAAUAAUGUUUCAUUUGUCUCUCUAAA